AUGCUACGAUUAGCUUUACGCACCCGGAACUUAUGGGUGACCAGAGUGCCAAUAGUACGUACACUCAAUCGGUUGCCACUUCAGAAGCCGGUCUCUUCACAUUACAUUAGAAGAUACACGCACACCUGGGGGAGUGAAAACAUUCAUUAUGGAAGCUUCCCCGAACGAACUCAUAAUUGUGGUGCACUGAAUAGAAAGGAGACUGGAAAAUCAGUCACCUUGUGUGGUUGGGUUCCCGCUGUAAGGUCUAUAUCCAAUGACCUUUUGUUCAUCCCACUACGAGAUGCUUAUGGAACCACGCAACUUGUGUUUCGCUCAGAAACAUGCUCGAAUGCCGAAGCAGCCAAUACGCUCAGAAGCAAGAUCAAUUCACUAACCCCAGAGAGUGUAGUCUGCAUUCAAGGCGUGGUAAGAGAACGGCCAGAAGGAAUGAGAAACAAAGAUUUAGCAUCAGGAGACAUUGAGGUAGAGUUACAAGAGGUUAUGUGUCUCAAUACAGCCGCAACCAACUUGCCUUUUCUACCUGGUAAACAGAAAUUGCCAAAAGAAGAAGUCCGUAUGAAACAUAGAUAUCUUGAUUUGCGAAGACCUGAAUUACAGCAAAAUAUACGCCUUCGAUCAAAAGUUGCAAGCAUCAUUCGCAAUUACCUUACUGAAAAUCAGUUUGUGGAGGUGGAAACUCCAGUCUUGUUCAAGUCUACUCCUGAAGGUGCACGUGAAUAUGUUGUCCCCACUCGAAAUCAUGGUCAAUUUUACGCACUUCCACAGAGUCCACAGCAACAUAAGCAAAUGUUGAUGGCAGCAGGAAUCGACCGAUACUAUCAGAUUGCCCGAUGCUUUCGAGAUGAAGAUUUGCGAGCAGACAGACAACCAGAGUUUACCCAAAUCGACUUGGAGAUGAGCUUCAUUAAAGCAAGCGAUAUACAGAAUAUUAUAGAAGGCAUGGUUACUGAAAUUUGGAAGAAUACCUUGAAUAUUCAAUUGGACAAGUCAAGAUUUCCUCAUAUGACAUACCAGCAUGCGAUGUCCAAGUACGGAUCCGAUAAACCUGAUGUUCGAUUUGGAAUGCAUAUUCAUGACAUUAGCAAACACCUUCCUAGUGCAUCUGAAGACGGUGUCUUGGAGUGCAUGGUGGUGAAGAAGGGAGCGAAUCUCAAGACUGCCGAGAUACGAUCGGUUGCUCAAGAGUAUGAAAGUCAGAAUGGUGACUUGAGCAAACUCAACUCUGUCAAGAUCAACGAAAACAAUAUCGGUUCGUGGCUGGAGAAGUGCAAUCUAUCAAAGCGAUCGUCCGAUGUAGCAACAGCGCAAAAUUCUCUCAAUAACGAACUUGAAAUCGAACAAGGUGAUUUAGUGUACAUACAUAAGCGGUCCAAAUAUCUGUACGGUGGCAACACGCCGCUCGGAAAAGUACGGCUUCAGAUGUCCAAACUUCUACAAGACGCCAGCUUACUUCACAUUGAUCCAUCCGACUACAAGUUCCUGUGGGUCGAAAGCUUCCCUCUAUUUACACCAGAUGAAGCUGGCCUGCGAACUUGGCAAGCAACACAUCAUCCAUUUACAGCACCGUUUCCAGAAGACCUUGCACUCUUAGAGUCCGAUCCAUCCAAAGUUCGUGGUCAGCACUACGACCUGGUGUUAAAUGGAAUGGAAAUUGGUGGCGGAUCUAUCAGAAUUCACUAUCCAGAAAUGCAACGAUUCAUCUUUGACAAAGUACUUGAAUUGCAACCACAUGAAUACCAGAGAUUUGAUCAUCUAUUAGAAGCUCUUGCUGGAGGCUGUCCUCCUCAUGGCGGUAUCGCACUCGGUUUUGAUCGCCUUAUGUCCAUUAUUUGCGGCACCCCGUCCAUUCGCGAUGUUAUUGCUUUUCCCAAAGCAGGUGGUGGUAAAGAUCUCGUUGUCAACAGUCCUAGCGAGCUCACCACUACGCAAUUAGCAGAGUAUGGAUUACAAUUAACCAAAAAAUAGAUAGCGCAAGUGUAUUAUGGUUCAAGUUGGUGAUGAUAUAGAAAAUUACAGUUGGAUGUGUAUUGUACAUUGAUAAAUACAUUAUUAUUAUUUUACAUAUCUAUUGCUGACGUUUAUCUCUAAAGAAGCUUGCAGUCCUUGACAUGACUUGGCCAAAGUUUUUGCAUUCGUAUACACUUUCUCUAAUCCAGCCUGGAAGCUUAUUUUGAAUGCGCGUGG